AAGCAGACACAAUAGUCUAUUUUAGAAUACCUCUCCUCUCUGAAUCUCUCAGGACCACUUCUACACCUCCAAACACCGUGCACUGCCUCCGUCCUUCUCCGGCCACCCGCCAGUUCCACCUGCACCUAAUGCAUGCAAGACUACCGUUUUCAGAUAACGUUUGUCUUCGGGGCCAAGACAACGUUGGUGAUGGCCCUCUUCACGUUGUUUCUCGUGCUGCUGCCGCUGGUGCUACCACCAUUACCACCGCCGCCGUUGUUCCUGUUGUGGAUUCCGGUUGUGAUGAUCGCGGCCCUCCUUUUUUUGGCAUUUAUUCCAUCUAAUUUGCCUCCUAACAUCGAGGUUACUGCCUGUGUUUGAUGGCAAAUUUUAAAUUCCUCUCUGUUUCUUCUUGUAUACAUGUAAAGUUAAAAAUGUGGAAAAUGAGUGGGGGAGUUUAAAUGCUAAUGAAAUGAGUUUUUCUCUUGUUCAUCUCUUUGUUCUAUAUAUAUGUAAAUUGUUCCCCUUUUAAAAUUACCCAUUUCGAUUUUACCGUUCCCUUUUGUUCACAAAUCAAAAUGCAUGCAUUAG